AGUCGUGUUCGAUCGAAGUUUGCGCGGCACACGGAGACAACACGUUCAUACGUUUCAGUAUAUUGAACAACUGCAAGUGCAAGACCGUCGAGUAAACGAAAAUGGCAUCCAAGAUGUUGUCCGUCUGUUUGGUGAUCGUUUUUUCCGGCAUGUGCUUGUGCCAAGACAACGCUGCGUCGGUGUACUCGCAACAGUCUGAUGGUUCAAAGGCAUCGUUGCAAACGAGAUCGGCUGCCGUCCAACAGAUCAAACUCGAAGACAUCGAACGCGAUUCUUUGGCCGCGGCCGCUGCUUACGGCCAGAAAAACCAACAGCAAGCCGGCAAACCUGCAGCCCCCGCAGCCAUUGCUCAACAACAACCGCAGCAACAGUCCUACCAGGCCGUCGCACCACAACAACAGCAACAGCAACAACAACAGUUCUACGUGCAGCCGUACAACGCCCAACAACAACAGUUCUACGUGCAGCCGUACAACGCCCAACAACAACAGUACUUGGCCCAACCGUACCAGUCCGCAUUCGACUACGCCGGCGUGCAGUACAUGAUCAUCAACCCCAACGCCUACAACCCUGUGAACCCGAUUUACCAGCAGUACUACGUGCCAGCUGCUCAACCAGCCACCGUACCCGAAUACGUGACCAAGCAGUCGAUCCCGGCCCCGGCCCAACAGGAGUACAAACAACAACAAGCCGCCGUCUCGGUUCAGGCCCAACCGCAGUACAGACAACAGUUCGCCGCCGUCGCUCCGUCCGCUCAGGCGCAACAGGAGUACAAACAAUUCUCCGGAGCCGCCGUGCCGUCCGUCCAGACCCAGCAAGAGUACAGACAACAGUUCGCCGCCGCCCAGGCCCAACAGGAAUAUAAGCAACAGCAAGCCGUCGCCGCCCCGGCUCAGUCCCAACAACAGUACGUCGUCCCCGCACCCGAGUACCGGUACGUCCAACAACCGGCCGCCGCCGCCGCCGCCGCCGCCGCCCCCAUCGCCAGUCCCGUCGCUAGUCCCGUCGCCAGCCCCGUCGAUUUCUCGUACGUCACCCGCCACCCGGCCACUACCGGCGCUCAGUUCAAGGCCCAGCCGCAGCAGUUCCAGUACAACACCGUGCCGCAACAGUUCCAACAACAACAGUACUACUACACCGUACCGGCCUCCGCCGCCGCCCCCGCUGAACAGCCACGCGUCCAGCAGUCGGCCAAGAGCCAGUACUCGUCGGGAGUCAAGUCCACCACGCCGUCGCCGUUCAAGGAGCCGUUCGCAUACAAGUUCGAAUCCUCCCCGCCGGCACCGCAACAGCAAUCCGGUUCAGCUUACAGCACCCUCAGAUACUCCGCCUAGACGUGCCGUGGCCGAGCACGCGUAACUCGCGCGCAUCGCGUACAACCGUCAAUCAUUAAUCGUUAUCAUUAUUAUUAUUAUUAUUAUUAUUAUAAUUGUUAUUAUUACUAUCGUUGUAGAGUUUAAGGACUAUUAGUGCGUUCGUCUCGAUAUUAUGUGUUAUUUAUUCCGGGAUCGUCUGAGUCGCACGCAUCAGCUCACGGGUACCCUCGUGCCCGGGCGCGUGCGUGCACCGUGCGUCCCGAAAAAAAAUAAAUAAAAUAAAAUUAAUAAAAAAAAAA